AUGGUCUAUUCGCCCGUCGUCGCUUUAGGUUUUCUGGGCGCCCUGCAGGGCAGGAGCGAGGUCUAUUCUCGACAGACAAACGCGACGGGCUGUGCAACGGGCGUGCACAUGAUUGUGGCCCGGGCCAGCACCGAGCAGCCGGGCACGGGAGUCAUUGGUGCCAUCGCGAAUAGCAUCCAGUCGCAGAUUCCGGGAUCCGAUGUCGUCCCGGUCGACUAUCCUGCGCUACUCAACCCCUACCAGCCGUCGCAGAAGGCUGGCGUCACGGCGAUGACGAAGCUGGUCCAGGACUACGCCAAGGCGUGCCCCCAGACGAAAAUGGUUCUCAUGGGAUACUCGCAAGGAGCGCAUGUCACUGCCGAUGUCCUUUGCGGCACAAGCGAGACCGGGUUCGCGUCAACAGAGCCCCAGGCUACUGACGUUACGGAUAAAAUUGCCGCCGUCGUCCUCAUGGGCGACCCAAGCCACGUGACCGGGCAGCCCUUCGAUCAGGGAACGAGCCAGAAGAACGGCAUCUUUCCAAGAACCAAGACUGCCGGGUGCGACGCCGUCUCGAGCAAAAUGGCCUCCUUCUGCAACAGCGGCGACCCGUUCUGCGACAGCGGGGCCAACAUCCAGGUUCACCUGAGUUACGUCCAGUCGGAUGGGGACGCAGCCACAAAGUUCAUCAUGUCCAAGGUCGGCGGCGGCGCUGCGGCAUGA